AUGUAUCGUGUCGAUCCUAUUGGAAGAAGCAUUAGGAGACGUUAUGCAAUUUGUCGAAGAGUUUAUAAUGUGCAAGGUCCUAAUAAUCUCUGGCACAUUGACUCCAACCACAAAUUAAUAUCACAAAGAUUUGUGAUACAUGGAUGUAUUGACGGUUUUAGUCGCUUGAUAAUAUAUUUGAAUUGUUAUACAAAUAACUGUGCAAACACAGUUCUUGGAUGUUUUCAGAAUGGAGUUGAGGUAUUUGGCUUGCCCUCCCGUGUAAGAGGAGACCAUGGUGUUGAAAAUGUGGAUGUGGCACGUUUCAUGGUUGCAAACAGAGGAGAAGGGAGAGGAAGUUUUUUAGCUGGCAGAAGCGUACACAAUCAACGGAUUAAACGCUUAUGGGCGGAAGUAAAUAGAGUUUUGUCUGCCUUAUACAAGGACUUGUUUCAGUUUAUGGAAAACUUUGGGCUUCUUGAUUCUUUAAGCGAAGUUGACUUGUGUGCACUUCAUUACUCCGCCUGCGCGUCUUGUUACAUCUACCUUCCACGUAUAAAUGCUUCAUUAACUGAAUUUCGAUCACAAUGGAAUAAUCAUGGCAUAAGAACAGCAAACCACCGAACAACUUUAGAGCUUUGGCAAACAAACAUCCACAGUCUUCCUGGGGUCCCUGAAAUUUUGAAUGUGGAAGGCUAUGGAAUUGAUCAUGAAGGACCUUUGCCGGAAAUUACUACCAACAACAAUAUCAGUGUCCCUUAA